AUGCGCAGGGCAGCUCCACCUCGGGAGGCGGGCCGAGAGGCUGCGCUGCUGCCCUCGAGCCCACGCUGGCAAAAGAACCCCUUCCUCCUACAGACCGAUCCCCAAACAGGAGUUCCCAGGCAUAGAUACGAUCGUCUUUCACGUGUAGUGAGGGCGCAGCUUCGACUCGUUGGUCCCCUCCGGAGACUCAGAGAUCCAGAAACCAGCCUCCUGAAAUCGCACCAGGGUGUGAUGGAGACCAUCAGUCCCUCAGGGGCUCUCUUCAAAUUCCUUGUUUCCUUCCUCCUCCUUAACAUACCCACUCAGGCCUCAGGGAGUUUCUUAGUGUUUGGACCUACAGCACCUGUCCAGACUUCAGUGGGAGGAGAGGCAGUAUUAUCAUGUCACCUGUCCCCCGCUCAGAAUGCCGAGGAUAUGAAAGUGAUCUGGUUAAAAUCCCAGGAUGUAGUGCAUCACUAUCAAGGUAGAGAGGAUCAUUCGGAAGACCAGACACCUAAUUUCCAAGGGAGGACUGAGCUGUUGAAAGAUGCCAUCACUGCGGGGAAUGUCACACUGAGGAUAUGGAAUGUGAAAUCUUCAGAUGCAGGACAGUAUAAGUGUUUAUUUAGUGAUUCUUCUCACUCAGCAGAAGCAUUCAUGGAGCUGAAGGUCAUUGAGGCACCAACCCUAUUUGAGACCUAUCCUGUCUGGUGGAGUGUGAUUGGCAUCCUGGCAUUGGGACAGCUCAGCAUCCUCUUUUACUACAGCUGGAAAACCUACCAGUUCAGAGAGAAUUUCCUAGUCAGUUGGACUCAUAAGGUGGGAGUGGUGAUCCCGGCAGUUUUUUGGUGUUUGCUGAUGAGUUUUCUCAUUUACUACAUUGUGAAUAUGUCUGGCUGUAGAGGCACGGAAGACCUGGAUGAGUGGGUUCAGACAGAUCAGGUGUAUUUGGGGCUGUUGACAUUCCUUCCGCUACUGCCAACACUCCUGUUUGUGGCUGUUGAUUUCCAUGGCAAGCGCAAGGCAAGAGGAAACACUGCUCGAAGACAACCCUCAGAAAACGUUCCCCUGGGCACAAGAAGAUGAAAUUAAUAAGAAGCAGCAACAGCCACAGACUUCAUGACUCAGCCAUUCCAUUAUCCUAUUGGAGAGGAUUUAGUUCCCUUUCCUGUCUCCAUCAUCCCAUCCUAGAUUCUCCUCACUCCCAUCCUUUUCACACAUCCACAUGCCUUAUUGUUUUUUUUUUUAUUUACUAUCUCAUUUUUCC